AUGCUCUCCAUCCCUCUUGCCGGCGCCCUUGUGGCCCUCGGUGGAAUCGCCCUGGCGCAAGACGUCGUUGAGACUCCCAACUUCAACGUUACGGAAGGUCUCCUCCAGUUUGGCGUGAAUGUGUCGACUGUUCCGGCCCUGGAAUCGUUCAAUACUAUCCAGUCUCGCUCAAUUGACAGCGGAUGUGCUGCGGCCUGCGCAAGCUUGGGCUUCCUUUUUGGAUCGCAGAAGGUGAACGCGCAAAACUCGGCCCUUUACAACAACUUCACAAAUUCCUUCUGGUCCGAGCAGCAACUGGAAGUACAGCCUCACUGUGUCUUCCGUCCCACUCACAACACCGAUGUCAGUGUCGCGGUGCUGCUCUCCCGGUUCACUGGCUGUCCGUUUGCCGCCAGGAGUGGUGGCCAUGCCGCCUUCAAAGGAGCCUCGAGCAGCGUGGGUGGAGUCAGCAUCUGGUUCAAGGAUAUGACGGCCGUCACUCUGAAUGCGGACAAGACAGUCGCGUCAGUUGAGCCCGGAAAUAACUGGCUGUCGGUAUACUCUGCACUGGAGCCCUAUGGUUUGGCCACCGUUGGUGGUCGUGCUUCCAGCAUCGGCGUUGGCGGCUUUGUGCUGGGAGGCGGUAUCUCCUAUCAUUCCAACUUGUACGGUUGGGCCUUGGAUAACGUGCAAAGCUUCGAGGUUGUGACAUCAACCGGUAUCAUCGUCACUGCCAGCCAGGAUUCUUUCUCCGACUUGUACUGGGCUCUCCGUGGGGGCGGAAACAACUUUGGACUUGUCACCAAGUAUAACCUCUACACCAUCCCUUGCCCGACGAUGCGGGGAGGCGCUCGUGUCUUCACCCAGAACAACUUCCCCGAGGUGAUCGAUGCCUUUAUCAAUGUCGUCAACAACGCCACCGUGGAUGGCAAGGCCCAGCAAUAUGUUGCUUUCCUUCAGAAUCAAGGCUUGAACAUUGCCUCGGCUGAACUGACGUACGUGGAGGAUGUUGCUGACCCAGCCAUCUUCCGCCAAUACCGAAGCAUUCCCGCCAUCGCCGAUUCCACCAGCACCAAGACGCUGGUGGAAUACGUCCAAUAUCUGGAACUUGACAAUCCGUUCGGAUACCGUGAGAUCUACUGGCCCAUUACGGUGCAGCUCAACGAGGAGUUCAGCAACUGGGUCGUCAAUCUCUUCUACUCUCUCAUCCCCCAGGUGAUUAACCUCAAGGGCGCAAACCCCGUCAUUAUCUACCAGGGUAUCACAAUCCCCGAAUUGAACAACAUGGCACGUUAUGGUGGAAACGCCCUGGGUCUUGAUGCCUCCAAGGGGCCCCUCCACCUCAUGCACGUUGCUUUCUGGUGGCAAGAUGCGGCGGACGACGAUACCGUCUAUGCCUGGAUCCACUCCUUCUGGGAUCAGGUCAUUGCUAAGGCUCAGGAGAUGGGCAUCUUCGACGAGUACAUCUACAUGAACUACGCCAGCAUGUUCCAAGACCCAGUCGCUGGAUACGGUGCCAGCAACAAGGCCCGUCUCCAGCAAAUCUCGAGCCGCUUGGAUCCCAACGGCGUUUUCCAGAAACUGCAGCCUGGAUACUUCAAGCUCAACGGAGCGCCCGUGACUUUCUCCGGCUAG